AUGUUGAGAUCCGUUCUUGUUGAAUAUGAAGCAUCAUUGUUCACUGGUGCAUACUUGCGCUCCGUGAGAUUGAAUAUGAAGCCCUUCCUAUUGCUCCUGGCUGUAGUGAUCGUCACCGUUCACGCAAAAAUGCAGAACGUCACGGUUAAGGGUACGACUAUUUGUAACAAGAAGCGAAUGGCUAACGUUCUAGUGGAACUGUGGGAAAGAGACAGAUUUGACCCCAAUGACCUUCUUGAAUCAGUGCAGACGAAUGCACAAGGCGAAUUUCUUGUAAAAGGAGGUCAAAGUGAAAUCGGCGGCAUUGAGCCAUUUCUCAGAAUAACUCACACUUGCAAUGUGAAACCGGGUUGCAAACGAAUCACAGAAUUUGACAUCCCAAAAUCGAAAAUUGGAGUCGUCUAUGACAUGACUUAUGUACCGCUGGAUAUUAUCGGCGCUGUGGACAAAGAGAAAUGCUGAAGUACGACGUUUUUA